UAGAUCUACUACUCCAGCACCCAUAGGCUAAGCGCGGCGAGGGUGACCCGGAGGAGAAGAGAGAACCAGGAGGAGGAGAAGGAUGCGGGGCUUCUACUCCAAGCUGGACAGCGGUGCCUCCCUGCUGGGCGGUGGAGGUGGAGGUGGUGGGGCCGGAGGGAGCCAUUCGUCCCUGGCCAUGCCCCUGAACCUGGCGGUGGAGACGGAGAAGGCCCAGGCUCUACUGCAGACCUUCAGCUCGGCAUCCCUGCUGGCCAGCGCAGGCCUGGGGGUCUUCUGCCUGCUGGCUGACCAGUUUCUGCAGACGCCCUUCGUGCUGCAGCACGUGUGGCUACGCGCCGUGCUGGACAACGGCGUGCACGGCCUGAUCGGCCUCUGGUCCUGGGCCAUCGUCAUCGGCCUGCGCAAGCGCAGCGACUUCUACGAGGUGGCGCUGGCCGGCUUCCUGGCCUCCGUCAUCGACCUGGACCACUUCUACAUGGCGGGCUCGCUCUCGCUCAAGGCCGCCUUGAACCUGCCGCACCGGCCGCCGCUGCACUGCUCCACGCUGAUCCCGGCGCUCUGCUUCUCGCUGCGGCUGCUGAUGUGGGCGCUGCGCCUCAAGGACUCCUGGUGCUCGCUGCCCUGGAUGCUCUUCGUGGCGCUGGCCUCGCACCACGUGCGCGACGGCACGCGCCACGGCCUCUGGCUCUACCCGCUGGGCCACACGGCGCCCAUCUCCUAUUGGCUGUACGUCAGCAUCACGGCCACGCUGCCGCACCUGUGCUCUGUGCUGAUGUACCUGACGGGAACGCGGGACAUGAUCUCCACGAAACACGGAGUGGCCAUAGAUGUCUAAUGGACACACACACACAUGUACACACACACACACACACACACACACACACACAUGGUGACACGCAUACCCACAGACGCAUACACUCUCCACUAAACAUG